CGAGCUCGCUGAUUGGUUACACCGAUUGCCGCUCGUGUGCUGCCUAUUUUGAACAUAAAUAAGGGCUAAGCUCAGCAUUUCUUUUCUCAUAGCAGAGUGUGGAAAGGGUCGGAGAGAGUGCGCUUGACGCGGUAGCUCUCUGACAAGAAGGAACAAAGGAGAUGACCUUUUAAAAUAUACGAUUCGUUCAAUCCGGACUAUUUAUUUUAGGCGUCGACGUCAUGUGCGGUUCUGCGGUGUGUUUUUCUUCACCCUAAACAAAAUAUUUUAUGAAACUGGUUGCUAAGAAGCUAGCCACCGAGCUAACCCUUGGUUAAACUUUUUGUGUGGUAAGACUAUCUGCCGCUUCCACUCCGAAGACUGGCUGAAGUUUUGGUUUGAAUCGCCCUCUAGCACUGCCAGAGUGUAGAAAUGGAGCUCUGUGAAGUUGCAGGCGAUUUCAGCCCUGUGAGCCUGGAGCUGUGCGCGGGCCCUGACUCAGUCCUCAGAGUUUCCAGACCAGCUCUGCCUGAGAUUGGGCUAAAGGGCUCCCCCUGCAUCAAAAACCUCUUCUCCCCCGGAACUACCGCCGUGCUGUCUCCUGUGACUAACCUGACACUCAACAUGGACAAUCUCGCUGUUCUGGAAGGGCAAUGUGAGACCCCCAAAAGAAAGAAAAUGGAGAAAAAUGUGCCCUUGCUGAAGAUUCCAUCAUUCGCUUCCGACACUUCCUCAGAUGCAGGUGAAAUCCGCCGCCCUCUUCGCUCUCAUAUAAAACAUUUCAAUGGACUGGGCCUGGACUCUCCCAGCCCUGUGGACCCAGUGGAUGCAGAAAAAAAACUCUUGUCAGGCAUGCAUCCAACUGUCUUUGCUCCGUCUUUCAGGUUUGAGCAGGCCAUACAGAAUGCUACUAGAGUGAUAAAUGAAAGAAUGCCUAUUCGCAGGAUAAACUCAUUACCGCUGCAGUUGCUUGGUCACAGUCCUAAUCUGAAGAGUAAAGAUUCUGAUCUGCCUCGAUAUGGCGUCUUUAGUCAGAGCUGCACACUCAGCUUGGACAACAAGGAGAACCUGCAUGAUACAAGUUUUGAGUUUAAGAAGCCCAGCAAGCCUGUUUCUCGCUGUCGACUGCGUUCAACUGGGGAGGCAAAGGAGGCUUUUGCUAGCCGGCCCAACUCUGCUCCUGCUCUUAUGCUUUCUCCUACCUCAUCUAAUCAGCUAGCCUCACCAGAUAGUGACAGUCCCUUCACACUGCGACGCACAUCAUUCUCCAGCUUUCCUAACGACGACGACGAUGGCUUUUUAGAUGUACUCGAUGAUGUAGAGACGGACUCUGAGGUACCUAUGGGAAUGGCCAGUUUGCUCACUGCUCCUCUGGUUGCUGACCAAUGCAUGGAUGCUGCAGACUCGCCGGUUCGAUGUCGGCCACGAGGGCUGUUUCGCUCACCUUCCAUGCCAACAGGUGGCCGUGCUCCACUUAAAAGGCCAGAUAGGCCCAGAGAUGAGAACACGCCUGUGCGUGUGAAGAGGAGGAGGAGCGUCGCUGGGUCACAUGUCACAGCCACGGAGCAGGAGGAUGCUAUUCCUCAACAGGUUCAGCGCUCAAAAUCUUUUAAUCAUGCAGAGAUAGAGAGACUACUGGACACUGACCCCAGUAAUGUGAUAGGAGAUUUUACCAAGCCUCCUGCUUUGCCCACGGUGGAUGGAAAACACCAAGACUUGAAAUACAUCACCCCAGAAGUUAUGUGUAACGCAAUGAAUGGACGGUACAGUGAUGUGGUGGAGAGGCUGUUUAUCAUUGACUGUCGCUAUCCAUACGAGUAUGAAGGAGGGCAUAUCAAGGGUGCUCUAAACCUGCAUCAAGAGGACCAGGUUGAGGAGCACUUUUUCAAACAGCCCAUCCUUUCAGAAUGCCCUGAAAAGCGCGUGCUGCUGGUGUUCCAUUGUGAGUUUUCGUCUGAACGUGGCCCACGAAUGUGUCGCUUUGUUCGCGAGAGAGACCGGGUUCUCAAUGAAUAUCCCAAUCUCCAUUACCCUGAACUCUACAUACUAAAGGGAGGCUACAAGGACUUCUUUCCCCUACAUAAGAUGGAAUGUGAGCCCCAGGAGUACAGGCCGAUGCAUCAUGAGGACUUUAAGGAUGAUCUUAGGAAGUUUCGCCUUAAGAGCCGGACAUGGGCUGGAGAGCGCAGCAAAAGAGACAUGUACAGCCGUCUUAAAAAUUUCUGAGGCACAUAAACAUGCGCUCAGGUUUACUGCCUAAACUCACUCACACACUGUGUUCACAUGAUCAGUAUGUGGCAGUGACCUAAUGAAUUAUAUUGGAUAUUGUUCAGGUCAUCUGCCCAUGGUCAAAAAGCACACUUACUGCCUUAACUCAAUCACACACACACAAUUUUACCUGUUUCAGUGGAUUACUGCUGGUGGGUUUGUUUUGUCACUCCAAUUUUCUCCCCAUUCCAGUUGAAGACCUCAAAGCACUUACAUUUCUAGUGUUUAUGGUGGAGAGUGCUCCUUUAUUUUCUGAUGCAAAUGCAGUCUUUGUCCCUGCCAAUCUGGGUCUGAGCCAUUUAUACAGUUAUUGUAAUUACAGUUAUAUCAGAACCAGCCAGUGUUUAAAUGUCCUUACUCAAUUAUGUACAUUCCAAUAAUAUAGGUCAAUAUCAGUGGUUAUUUUAAAGAAGGUAUCUAACUGUUUUGAUAGAUUUUUAACAGUUGAGUAUGAAUGUGACUAGUGCUGUUCAAUUGUGUGAGAAGGCCUGAAUUUUAGAGUAAUAGUGAAUGCAGUGUGUGGGUUACUUAGCCAUUUUGCACUGCCAUUUUUUUUUUUGUUUUGUUUUAUUUUCCCAUUUGAGAAGAUUAUAUUUCUAAUGCUGAUCCCAGUAUUUUGAGAUUUGAUUUGGAAGCAUAAUUUUUUAGGGGGUGGGAGCAACUAUCUGUCAUGGAACCUGUCUAUGACUGCACUCACUCAGGGGUCAGGCUUGGCUGAUUGCUGCUGGUCAGCGUGAGAUGACCUUAAUGUUCACCAAAAUGCCCAGCAAUAAACCUGCAUGUAACUUCAGUUUUUUUUUUUUUUUAUUUUAUUUAAAUAUUUUUUAAAUAACAAAUUGUGGUGUAAUGAUUCCCCUUUCCCUAAAUGCUAAUGUUCUGUGUGUACGCUGAUGUAUUGAGUCUCUGUGCUUUUGGCCAUGUCUGGGCCUGUGUGUGUGUGAGUGUGAGAUCUGUGUUAACUGCAAUAACGAUGUGAUGUCGGGGGAAUAAACUACUUUAAUCUAA